AUGGCCAGCCUCAAGAGCAACCUCUUGACGCCGCCUUCAGGCCCUGGCACGCCCAAUCGAGCACAUACGCCCGCCGUUGCCAACAACUCUGGUUACAACGACAUUAUCUUUGAGGGCAAGAAGGAUCAGGCGAGCCAGGUCAAGGCGACGCUCAAGGAGCGGGGCUUUAUUCCUCCAGAUCUCGUCGAUGCCGAGGUGGACUGGUUCUACCUGAACCUGGGCAUCUCUGAUACCUACUUUGCUCUCGAAACGCCAAAGACGAUUUCAGAUCAUAUUAUGGCCUUGUAUGGCGCAAAGAUUCUCGCCUAUACCAAGCACUCCAACAGCCUCGACAUUGACCUGGAGCAUGCGACCGACGACGGCGCAGUCUUCAUUCACUCGAGCCAGGCCGGUAGGAGCUCCGUCGGCGGGCCUCAGUGGGAGAAGCGCAUCGAUGCAAAUUACCUCGACAAGUCGACGGCAGCGAAUGCCUACCGCUUGGAGACGUAUCGCGCCGCCGGAAGCGUGUCGGCCCAGUCUACGCAGCAGCUCCGCUGCUACUUUGUGUCCAAGUGCCACUUUGUCGAACCGAUCCCCAAGCCCGAAACUCCAGAGUGGGCCGACAUUCGCAAGGUCAGCGACCGCACCUUCCUGACGAAGGCGUCUGAAAACACCCUGGCCGUGUACCAGGAGGUGAUGGACGAAGCUCUGAAGCGCCAUGGCCCCGUCAUUGAAAUGUUCGAAGUAGAAGGCAGCCGGGAGCGCCGCAUCGUCAUUGGCUACCGCAUGGAAACGACGAAGAGCUACUUCAGCGCCCUCUCUGACCUCUACCACUUUUACGGCCUCUUCUCCUCGCGCAAGUACGUCGAGCAGUUCAGCAACAACGUCACGAUCAUCUCCAUCUACCUUAACCCCAUGCCCGGCAUGAAGGGUCCGCCAAUCGAGCACUCUAUCUGGCAGAUCAUCAAGGAGGCCAGCCUGCUCUACGUUCUGCCCGAGAACCCCUUCUUCCAGUCGGGUGCUUCCGAGUCAUGUCACGCUGUGCAGGAGGCGACGUACGCGUACGUCGGCUGGCUCUUUGCCCAGCACUUUUGCAACCGCUUGGGACAGGCCUACCAGGCCCUUCGCAACGUCCUUGAUGAGUCCGACGCAGCCCAAGCUUCGAUUCUCAACGACAUCAAGCUGCGCUUCCGCGAAGAGACAUUCACUCGCCAAUCCAUUCAAGAGGUCAUGCUCUCGCACCCAGACAUUGUCCGGCUCCUCUACGUCCACUUUGCCAACAUCCACUAUCCCGGCGCCGAAAAUCAGGAGCUGGUGCCGACGUUGAGUUACCAGCGCCUGGUCAAGGAGGAGGUUCUCAACGAUGUGCAGAUGUACGAGAGGAUCCGCAAGGCAGCAGGCAAUGCCCACGAGCGACAGGUGCUCGAGGCACUCCUCUUUUUCAACAAGGCUGUGCUCAAGACAAACUUCUACACGCCAACCAAGGUCGCCCUCAGCUUCCGACUCAGUCCCGAUUUCCUGCCGGACGUCGAGUACCCCCUGAAGCCCUAUGGCAUCAUCUUUGUCGUUGGUGCGGAGUUCCGAGGCUUCCACGUUCGCUUUCGUGACGUUGCCCGGGGUGGUAUCCGUAUCGUGCGCUCGCGUAACCGAGAGGCGUAUUCGGUCAACCAGAGGUCUCUGUUCGAUGAGAACUAUGCCUUGGCCAGCACACAGCACCUCAAAAACAAGGACAUUCCUGAGGGAGGCUCAAAGGGUACAAUUCUUCCCACUCUCGAAGCAGACCCUCGACUCUGCUUUGAGAAGUACGUCGACGCCAUCUGCGACAUUCUCAUCAAGGGAGAGACGCCUGGUGUCAAGGAAGAGAUCGUCGAUUUGGUCGCCAAGGAAGAGAUCCUCUUCCUGGGCCCCGACGAGGGCACAGCUGACUAUAUGGACUGGGGAGCGGAGCACGCCAAGGAGAGAGGAGCUCCCUGGUGGAAGUCUUUCACCACCGGUAAGACUGCGGCCACGCUCGGCGGUGUGCCCCACGACACCUGGGGCAUGACUAGUCUGUCGGUGAGGCAGUACGAGGUGGGCAUCUACCGAAAGCUUGGCCUUAAAGAAACGGAGGUGACCAAGGUUCAGACGGGAGGGCCCGACGGAGACUUGGGCUCCAACGAAAUCCUCCUCUCCAAAGACAAGACUGUGGCCAUCAUCGAUGGUUCCGGUGUUCUGUACGAUCCCGUGGGCAUCGAUCGUUCGGAAUUGGUCCGGCUGGCCAAGGCGCGAAAGAUGAUCAACAAUUUUGACACAAAGAUGCUGUCGAAGAACGGCUACCGCGUCUUGGUUGAAGAUCAGGACGUGCGGCUGCCGACGGGCGAGUUCGUGCCCGACGGCGUUGCUUUCAGAAAUGGGGCCCACCUCAUCUUCAAGGCCGACAUGUUCGUUCCCUGCGGUGGCCGACCCGAGAGCAUCAACAUCAGCAAUGUCAACAAGCUUUUCGACGCGGACGGCAAGUGCAACUUCAAGUACAUUGUCGAGGGCGCCAACCUCUUCAUCACCAAGCAGGCUCGUAUCGAGCUCGAGAGGAGAGGCGUAGUCCUCUUCCCCGAUGCCAGUGCAAACAAGGGUGGCGUCACCUCGAGCAGUCUUGAGGUCCUUUGCGGCCUCAGCUUGACUGACGAAGAGUACACUCAGAGAAUGACAUUCAAGGACGGUAGAACGCCGCCAAAGUUUUACCUUUCGUAUGUGGCCGACAUCCAGAACAUUAUUUGCGCGAAUGCGGCGAAGGAGUUUGAAGCCGUCUGGGCCGAGCACCAGAAGACAGGCAAGCCGCGCUCCGUCAUUUCGACUGAACUCUCGCAGGCCCUCAAUCGGUUGUCUGAAGAGCUUGAGGCGACCGAUCUCUUUGAUCAGCCAACCAUCCGGCAUGCUGUUAUGGCCCAGGUCUUCCCCAAGACGCUCAUCGAGCACGUUGGCCUGGAAAAGCUCUGCAGCCGCAUCCCUAGGGCGUACGCAUCGUCGGCCUUUGCCGCAUUCCUGGCCGCCGACUUCAUCUACAGGAACGGCCCGAAUGCCAGCGCAGUGGCGUUCUACAAGCACGUCUCGGCCCUCGAGCAGGGUUUCAAGCCAGCAUGA